AGUUGUGUUGACACGUGUUUUCUCACAGCUAGAGAGAGCUGAAGGUUACACAGCAAAAGCACCGGGUUGUUGUAGUCUUGUGUGUCUGCAGCGGAGGGUCACCGGGACGGACUGAGUGUGAGGCAGCAGGCGGGGUGAGCAGCACCGAAGCGCGGACAUGGAUCCCAUGAAGGCACAGCAACUGGCGGCGGAGCUGGAGGUGGAGAUGAUGGCCGAUAUGUACAACCGAAUGACCAACGCCUGCCACAGGAAGUGUGUACCACCUCAUUACAAGGAGGCGGAGCUAACGAAGGGAGAGUCUGUGUGCCUGGACCGCUGCGUAGCCAAGUAUUUGGACCUUCACGAGAGGCUGGGACGCAAACUGACAGAGCUCUCAGUCCAGGAUGAAGAGAUGAUGAGGAAAGCAGCUGUUGGGAGCGGAUAGAGGCGCUGAUGGAGGGAAUGG